CUAAGCAGUCUAAGCUCGCAUCAAGGAACACACUGAAAGCAACCCACCAAAGCGCAGCGCACGCGCAAUUAUCGAAGACGACCAACACAGCUUUUUUGGCAGCUUCGCAAGUAUUUGGUUUGACUCCUACCGCUUUGGCAACUGUUCUAGCUGUCACGUCUGUUGUGACUGUCAUAACCGUGCGAGUUGUAAUUUUAACGACCUCGGAAAGGCUUUAACGAGACGUCGCGGUUGCAGGGACCACGGCCGUCUUAUGCGCUCCUUACGAUGUGCUGGUGCUGGCGCUCUGUGACCCGUGUGAUCCUUUUCACGGCGAACUGCUGGGCGAAUAUGAGCUGGGCGGAGACUUUCGGGGCACCAACAGGGCUUCACACGAACAGAAGACGCAUCUGUUUCUCUUAGCCCGUCUUCUGGCGACUAUGAUCAAAAGCCAUGCCGACGCUAUCUACAGAGGAAGAAAGAGAAAAAAGCGGCAAGAUCUUGGAGGUAUUCGACGAUGUCCGGGCAUUUCUGUCGGACCAAGUUCUGCGCUCCAUCCCGGACGGCAUCGAAACAUUCUUCCAGGAAAACGGUGUUCCUGGAAAGCUCCAAGAAGACGUCUCGACCACCUGCCUGCGUUACCUAAUCCAGGGAUCGUUCCUCGACAUUCUCACGGCACGCGAGAUUCUACAGAAGCACGUGUUACAGCAAGACGCCAUUGGCCCGUGCCAGAUCUCGGACGCCGAAGAAGUCACCCUGUCCAUAGCAUUUCAAGACGGCAUUCAAGAUCCUUGCGGAGAUGACGUGGCAUCCCACGAAGUUAUCAGAACAAACGAUGCGGACGAUUCGACUGAGCUUCCUGUUAAAGAGGAGGCGUUCAAUUUGUCGAGCGAGACAACGCUCCUCGUGAAUGUUGUGCCGGACUCCAAUGACUGCGGCGAGUUCUGCCCGACAGACCUCCAACACGCCUUUCAAGAAGUCGGAGCGGUUGCGGACGAUGGUGUGCUCGAACAAGUCGAGCAGAGCGAUAGCAGCUCUGUGCCCCUGCCAGACCCAAUGGUCAUUGAAAUCCACUGCUCCAAACUCGAAGAUGCGAUGCUCGAUUUGCCGGUGGGCAUUUCAACAACAGAAGAUGGGACAGAGCCCGCUGCGGAUGUCCAUGAUGCAGGAAAGGAAGCAGCGCAGGAGACUGUGGGCCAGAGACGAAAAAGGAACUAUGAGCAAGUGACGCCAUUCAAGUACUUUUGUGAGAUGUGCUCCUUCAAAACAAAGCGUAACAGUCACUACAUCAAGCAUAUGAAAAUACACGAAAAGGUGAAGACGCUGCACAACUGCGACAAGUGCGCCUUCACAACGCUUCGCCUGGGUCAUCUGAGGAGGCACGAGGCUACGCACAGCAACCUGCUGCACCACUGCAGCCAUUGCAGCUAUGCCACCGACGACCAGAAGCUGCUGCUACGGCACAACCGCAUGCGGCACUACUGUGUCAAGCGUCCCCGAGUUGCCCCCGCAAAGCCGAUGGAGUGCCCCCACUGCAGCUACCGCACCACGCGGCCCCUCCUCUUGGCGAGACACCGGCAGCGGCACUCCGGCGACAGUGCCACCGCGCAGGGGCCCCUGCACCAGUGCGCCCAGUGCGGCUACCAGACGCACCGCAAGGAGCACCUGGUGCGCCACCGCACCAACGUGCACGGCGGCGCCCGGCCGUUCCUUUGUCAUCGGUGCGGCAAGGCGUUCAAGCGGGCCGACGCACUGCGCCAGCACCACCUCACCCACGGCACCAAUUCGCAGGAGGCCGAUGGCAUGCCCAGGGCUUCCUUUCCCUGUACGCAGUGCCACAAGGAGUUCCGAACGCACUCGCACCUGACGGAGCACAAGGCCAUCCACUCGACGGCGCGCCCCUUCCUGUGCGAGAUCUGCGGGUCGGCCUUCAAGACGCGCUCGGUGCAGCGCAAGCACGUGCAGUCGGUGCACCGCAACCCCCGGGCCUUCAGCUGCGCAUGCUGUGGCAAGAAGUUCAACACCCAGUAUGCCCUCAAGCGCCACCAGAAGCUGCACUCUUCUCAUGGCGUGGAGGAAGAGGACGCGCCGGUCACCGAGGCAGCUGCCCCGCCAUUCUCAGACGUCCUCGACUGUGGUGCGUCGGUGGUGAGUGGAGCGGCAGAGGUCGCCUGCUUGGAGCGGGUGAUCACCACGGUACCAGUGCAAGAUUCGUGCGACGUGAUCAGCCACAUCUCUUCGACCAUGCUGCAGCCUGUGGAGACGGCCACGCUGCUCUACCUCACCAACACCCUGCCCCCCUUCUGACUGAGGCAUUCGUGAAACAGAGGGGAAGAAAACGCCCGGGCUGCUAGUCCUUCCGGCUCUCGUGCAGCCUGGGCCACACAAGCUGCGAGUAUACCACAUUUGCUGGAAUAUAGUCCGCAGAUUGUACGGGAUGUUUUAUAUGUGGUGUGCAUUAUCCGUAGGUGCGAGCUAACGAGGAUUUGUUGUUUAAGGUUAAGAUUACCCAGUGCGAUAGUUGGGAUCACUUUUCCACGCUCAGCGUUAGUCUGCAACGAAAGGUAGAACUGUCAGUGCAUCUCGCCCUUGUGGAUGGCACGCAUUCCGUUACGUAUGUAUUUCUUAAUAUUCAGGAUGGAAUGCUCUUCCUUGUUAGACUAACACAUGUGGCUUUCUUAACCCAUGUUAAACAUGGAUGAAGAUUGCGCUUAUUCUGGGCUGUGCACUCGGUGUGGACGGUCCAGGAGAAACACUUUUUUCACCCGAAAUUGGGUAUGCACUGACUGCGGACUAUAUUCCAGAAAAUAUGGCAUUAAAUCUCCCACAUUAUUUUUGAAGUAAGGGUGGUUUGUGCAUGGGACCAACAAUAAAGAUUCCUGUUGACAUUUAUUGAA